AUGCCGCUCGCCCUUCCACCCACCACCUCAGUCUCAACCAAGGCCAAACACGUUACCGUGUUUAGUUCCGACCAGGUCGCAUCGAAGCCAAGCUCAGUAGUGGACUUAUCGAGCCUCCAGGAUGCAAGUCGCGUUCUGCACGAGCAACUUGUAAAGGAUUCUCAAAUUAUACCUGACCUCGGCGAAUUGCUGUUGGCUGGAGGAGCUUCCUCCGCAUCAUACAGUGUGUUCCCUGACGACUACCGGGUCCCUUUUCAAAAACGGAGACUCGUCGGUAUCCCGGAAGCUUUGUUCCAAUACUAUAACACCACCAAUGUCACCUCACACAUGGGACUUCUACCCGAAAUCGAGCGCGUUUGGAUAUCCAUAGACCACAAACUAUUUCUCUGGGACUACAUUGAGGGGCAAGACAUUAGUUCAUUCGUGGACCAGCCAGACGUCAUCACCAGCGUGGCCGUCGUCAAACCCACACCAGGUGUAUUCGUCGACGAAAUCACCUCAGUGAUGGUAAUAUGCACCCCCGUAUCUAUCCUUCUCGUCGGCCUCUCGGCAUCGUCUGUUGUAGGACCAAAUAACCGACGGCGUAAAGAGAUCAGGAUGUACGCCACAGACAUGUCCAUAUCGACUGAUGUAGAAAUGUCGUCUGUCGCUGGAUCCCAUGACGGCAGAAUAUUUAUGUGCGGCUCGCAGGAUGGCUGCCUGUACGAAUUGCACUAUCAACAGAGCGAGUCGUGGUUCGGGAAGAGAGUGCAGCUCAUCAACCACUCAGUGGGAGGGGUGCAAAGUUUAUUCCCUCGUUUUACUUCAUCUAAACAUGAAGACCGUAUCUUGUCAGUAGUAUUCGACGUGAACCGCAAGUGCCUAUAUACGCUCACGGCGAAAAAUUCAAUCUCUGUUUAUCAGCUAGGUGGCGAAAAGACUCUCCACCACAUACAAACCAUGUCCAAUCUUUACAAGGCUGCACAAGACAAAGCUCCUAGCUCCCCCGCACUUGCCCCAUCACACUUCCAAGUCGUUUCUCUGCAUGUAGUCAACCCCGACGAGUCCCGGACGGGCGUACAGCUCAUUGGUGUGACAAUGAAUGGUGUACGAUUGUACUUCUCCCCUGCCACCUACGGAUUUUCGCACGUUCCCAGUUCAAACCUUAGAGAGUCCCUCCGUCCCUUGCAGCUCACCCACGUUCGCCUCCCGCCCUCGAAUCUAUAUCAUCCUGACGAGCUGUCGCAUCCAUAUCGCCCCACUGCUUCUUCGUACAAUCCUGCCCGGGGAGUGCCUCCUCCACCUCCCUCCCGCCCAUUUGUUGUGUCGGGGAUCGAAAAUUCUUGUUAUGUGGAUGGCUUGAUGAUUUCGGCGCAGCCCGGGGAUGCUGAGGGGACUGACUUUUUACUGUGUACUGCCCCAGACCUGACAAGAAUAGGCGCUCUCGGGCAGGUACAGACCGCACAACAUCAGUAUCCUGCCGCCUCUCAGCCUUCCGUAUAUGGUGCAUCAUAUGCUUCAGGUGGGACUCAGCGCCCACCUCUGGUAGAGUAUGCAACGUUACUAGCCAUCCCUGGUCGGACAUGGGCGACGGCUAGUGUUCCAAGGUCGCCAUCUACGUCAUCUUUGUCUCCCUCUCCUUCUACUAUAAACGAACUUGCAUCGCAGUUUUCUGAGCCCUCGCGACAGUUUAUGAUCCUUACAAAUGUCGGGCUGACUUUCCUUGUUAAAAGGCGGUCACUGGACUACCUGAAAGCCGUUGUAGAGGAAGUCCUGUCUGAAGGCGCGGUACAGCCGAUCAUUGAGUUCAGAGACAGUUUCGGGAGAGAUCAGACGUGUGCUAUGCUUCUUGGCCUCGCUUCCGGAAAUACCUUCUUGGACAGUGGUGACCAAGCUACAGUGGGUACUCUAUAUACGCCCAGUCCUGAUGUCGCGAAUAUCGCCAAGCAAGCCUUCUAUGAUUUUGGGGAGCGGCCGAUAUGGACGGAGAGAGUGACGUACGGUACGAGCGAAGCUUCGGGAAGUGCUAUCUUCAGUGGUCGCAGAGAAGGGUUUGCGAUCUACUUCGCUCGUCUAGUCAGGCCCAUCUGGAAGGAUAAGAUCACUAAAUCUGGGUCUUUAGGGUUACAUGAACUAAACGUUCAGGACAACCUGCUGGCAACAAUUCAAAAGAAUCUGUAUGCGCUGAGGGAGUUUUUGGAAAAGAACCCCCAUCUUUUCCACUCCACGCCCGGCGAUCCUGCAGCGUCGCGCAGCCCAGCGGGGCAUGAGCAAGAAGCAUGGAAGGCAGAGCAAAGUUCGGUAGCUCAAUUGCUAUCACUCCUAACGAGAACGAUCGAGGCGAUCUCAUUCGUGUUGCUACUGAACGAUUAUCGAUUAGGCGAACUCAUAACGAGAUGCGACUCCGAUACCCAGAAGCUCAUCACCUCUAUGACUUACGAAGACCUGAUAACCACCCAGAACGGAUUGAAUGUAUCCCGAGCACUUGUCAACGUAGUUAUUGAUCAACAAAUUGGUCAGCAAAUUAGUGUUGAUACUAUCAGUGAAGUUCUGCAACAGAGGUGUGGUUCCUUCUGCAGCGCGGAUGACGUUAUGCUAUACAAGGCGAGAGAAGAUGUCCGCAAAGCUGUGGAAUCUCGCAAUCCCGCUGAGCGCCAGAACUGGCUCGGAGAAUCGCUGAGGUUGUUUGCCAAGGGUGCCCGGGUCUUAGAAUUCGACAAAAUCCGGGAGGUCUGUACCGAGUAUCAACAGUUGGGUUAUGCAAAAGGUGCCGUUGAAUUGCCGUUAUAUUGCGCAUUGGCCCUUGAUCCCGACGGUAUCGGGCUUGAAUACUGGUUAACGGGUUGUCCGCCAAAUGACGAUCGUUCGGAACUUGCAAAAAAACGGAGCAAUUGUUACCAACUCGUAUUGGAGUCCCUGAAUGGCUUUGAAGAGAAGGCUUUACAGCACUCCUCGUCAAACGUCGUUUCCGCCGAAAGUCCUGAAACCGUGAGGGAUCAUGCGUUUGAACUUGCAUUUGCUAGUGAAGACGAAAUGUUCCACUCGACGCUUUACGACUGGUUGAUUGAGAAGGGCCAUACCGACGAUUUGCUGGCGAUGAGGCCCAUGUUCCUUGAGGCCCAUCUUCGGCGAGAGCCUGCGACUGUUUCAAAAUACCAACUGCUAUGGCAAUUCUAUGUCAAAGAUGGACAGCCGCUGCGGGCAGCUGAAGUCCUCGCUGCCUUGGCGGAGUCUCAGAACUUUGACGUCACCCUGGAUACACGAUUGGAGUCCCUGAUCCUUGCUGUUGGCAAUGCAAAAUCGCACCCCGUGACUGCGAAUGGCAGACACGAGACGGCAAUCGCAUUCUUGACUGAUCUUGAAGAGAAACUCGAUGUAGCUCAAGUGCAACUAGAAAUCUACAAUUCCCUUCUUCCUCAUAUCAAUGACCCAGGGGAAGAUGGCGAGAAGAUACGCCACCUGGGUAAGCACUUAUUGACAAUGUCACAGCUUUACCAAUCAUAUGCGGAACCCUUCGACCUACCUGUUAUGAAACUUCUCAUACUCCACGUAUCAGAGCACCGGGAUGACCAUCUCGUCUGUUCGAUUUGGGACAGGAUAUUUGAAGAUGCUUUGGAAAAGGACACAGAUCCCGAAACGAAUGCGGAUCAUCUCGUAGCAAACGUUGUACCUCUUGGGAAACGGUUCUAUCCGUCGGAAUAUGCUUUCCCGUUACGACAUAUUGCGUCAUCGCUCAUGAGGUUCUCGUUGAAGUACUUGGCCCAGCUUCCUAAAGGUUGGACUCCCCGAGUUUUGGUACAAUGUGAUGUUCCAUACUCUGAGGUAUGGGAAGUACUGCAUGACAUGUAUGAAUCACAUAUUCCGCCAUUCAACCAGCAAAAGAGUGUCCAGGCUAUAUCUUCCGACAUCGCUGUUCUACUGAGAGACUGGGUAGAAGAAGCCAAACGACCCCAGUCAUCGGUUGUACGCCGAGAACUGCCCGUGGGGCGGAUAGACGCAGGGAUCGGGCAAUACCUUAGCGAGCUGGACUCUAGUAGUACAGAUACCAAGAUGGUCUACGAAGGUAUUAGACGAGAACUUCGGCGAAACUGGUGA